AUGUGGUGCCUAUUCGAGGCACACACGGAGGCCAAUGUCGGGCGCGGGGCCACCGUGCGCUUCCGUGGCUACACCCAAGCAGUCAGCCAGCACUUCGUAAAGCGGAAUGCAGGCAAGAGCCUGAAGGUCGGCGCCCGGGCUCUCAAGAAGACCCAUCGGCAUUUCGUCAGCGCGGGCAGUGUCAUGCAGGCGAUGUACAGGAUGCUCCACCUUGGGACUCCACACAAGAUCACGCAGAAGCAGUUCGAUGAGGCGGCGCUCCAGACUGGGUGCAAGGGCCUGACUGCCUUUGCGGCCCUGCCGUACGUCAACCUGUCGUGCCUCUUCACCGUCUCCACCGGCCAUGCCCUGCUGUUCGGAGUGGUCAGCGACUUUGUGGACUACACGCUGAGGUCGCUCAAAGACAUCAAGCCAGCAGACCCAGAUGCCAAGCUGGUCAUGUCUCGUGAAGCACGCCAGCGGGUCGUGGCCUGCGGCCAGUUCCUGGUCGUGACUUCAGACUUCGGGCGGCGGUACAAAUGCAUCAUGCAGUACUGCAAGAGCUACCGCAUGGAGGACUGGCUGCACUUCGUUGAGACGUUCUCCAGCUACAUCUUCAAGGGGGACGUGCUGCCCAAGGCCUUGCGGGCCCUGUGUUGGAGCCUGUGCAGCACGGUCACGCACUACUUCUGGCCGCGGCCCCCCGAUGAGACCCGUGAGCAGUUCCUGGUGGCAGCCAAGGCGGCUGCAUGCAAGCUCAGAGCUUACACGACCAGGCUGGAGGAGUUGGAGGUGCCGGGCUACAUGUUCAUGGUCAACCUGCAUAUCUGCGUAUGCUGGCUGUACUCUGACCUGCCGGUGGAACGCAUGAUGCAGCAAAUGAAGACGCAAGGCGGAAGGAUGGUGUCACAGGCACCCGAGAAGCACUACACGCAGUGGCUGUGCCUGAUGCGGGCCUCCGAGUCGCUCACCGAGGCAGACCCCGGGACCGGGGCCAAACACACGACCAACCAGCAGCUUGAGAGGAUGUUGGCACGGCGCGCAGUGAACACCGAGGCUGCCUGGUUUGAUAAACCAGGAGCCAACGGUUACCUGCUUGGACGAGGCCACAUGGUCUACCCGAGUCCAGAACGAGUGGCACAAGUCCGGGCAGCCAUGGCGAGCCUAGUGCACUGGUAUGCCCUGGCAUUCGAGGAUGUGGCUUCCUGGACAUUGGGUCCCAGUGCGAGCUACGAACUGGACACGGACCGCCUGGAUAGGGUUCUCAUGUCUACACCACCUGACUGUCCCAAGGCCCGCUCCUUAUUGCGUGCCGAGGCACUCGACGAGGAGCAGUACUUCGGGGCUGAGUAUGGGCGCCAGCAGCAGCGGAUCUCCUGCUGGGCAUGCUACCAGGCAGAAGUCGGCAACGAGACUCGGACGUAUGCGGCCUACCUCAAGCACUUCGUCCACCUGCCCGCAGAAGAUGGCGCUCAGGAUGUCCGAUUCACUGUCGCAGAUGUGUACUCGGGACAGGUGUUCAGCGAGGGGCUGGUGGUGGUCAACAUGGCGGCCGCCCAGACAGCGAGGGCAGGCAGCCAGCUUUUAUUCCAGCCGUUCCCACCGACAGAACCGGCCCACCAGCAGCUACGAGACCAGAACAGUCGUGUCGGCAGCUGCAUGUGGUGCCUAUUCGAGGCACACACGGAGGCCAAUGUCGGGCGCGGGGCCACCGUGCGCUUCCGUGGCUACACCCAAGCAGUCAGCCAGCACUUCGUAAAGCGGAAUGCAGGCAAGAGCCUGAAGGUCGGCGCCCGGGCUCUCAAGAAGACCCAUCGGCAUUUCGUCAGCGCGGGCAGUGUCAUGCAGGCGAUGUACAGGAUGCUCCACCUUGGGACUCCACACAAGAUCACGCAGAAGCAGUUCGAUGAGGCGGCGCUCCAGACUGGGUGCAAGGGCCUGACUGCCUUUGCGGCCCUGCCGUACGUCAACCUGUCGUGCCUCUUCACCGUCUCCACCGGCCAUGCCCUGCUGUUCGGAGUGGUCAGCGACUUUGUGGACUACACGCUGAGGUCGCUCAAAGACAUCAAGCCAGCAGACCCAGAUGCCAAGCUGGUCAUGUCUCGUGAAGCACGCCAGCGGGUCGUGGCCUGCGGCCAGUUCCUGGUCGUGACUUCAGACUUCGGGCGGCGGUACAAAUGCAUCAUGCAGUACUGCAAGAGCUACCGCAUGGAGGACUGGCUGCACUUCGUUGAGACGUUCUCCAGCUACAUCUUCAAGGGGGACGUGCUGCCCAAGGCCUUGCGGGCCCUGUGUUGGAGCCUGUGCAGCACGGUCACGCACUACUUCUGGCCGCGGCCCCCCGAUGAGACCCGUGAGCAGUUCCUGGUGGCAGCCAAGGCGGCUGCAUGCAAGCUCAGAGCUUACACGACCAGGCUGGAGGAGUUGGAGGUGCCGGGCUACAUGUUCAUGGUCAACCUGCAUAUCUGCGUAUGCUGGCUGUACUCUGACCUGCCGGUGGAACGCAUGAUGCAGCAAAUGAAGACGCAAGGCGGAAGGAUGGUGUCACAGGCACCCGAGAAGCACUACACGCAGUGGCUGUGCCUGAUGCGGGCCUCCGAGUCGCUCACCGAGGCAGACCCCGGGACCGGGGCCAAACACACGACCAACCAGCAGCUUGAGAGGAUGUUGGCACGGCGCGCAGUGAACACCGAGGCUGCCUGGUUUGAUAAACCAGGAGCCAACGGUUACCUGCUUGGACGAGGCCACAUGGUCUACCCGAGUCCAGAACGAGUGGCACAAGUCCGGGCAGCCAUGGCGAGCCUAGUGCACUGGUAUGCCCUGGCAUUCGAGGAUGUGGCUUCCUGGACAUUGGGUCCCAGUGCGAGCUACGAACUGGACACGGACCGCCUGGAUAGGGCUCUCAUGUCUACACCACCUGACUGUCCCAAGGCCCGCUCCUUAUUGCGUGCCGAGGCACUCGACGAGGAGCAGUACUUCGGGGCUGAGUAUGGGCGCCAGCAGCAGCGGAUCUCCUGCUGGGCAUGCUACCAGGCAGAAAAGAAUGUCCGAUUCACUGUCGCAGAUGUGUACUCGGGACAGGUGUUCAGCGAGGGGCUGGUGGUGGUCAACAUGGCGGCCGCCCAGGGGGAUCGCAGGCAGCCAGUGGGAGAUGUGGCAGGACCUAGGGCUGCCGCUAAGUGUAUAUGCGUAAAGGCACACUGGCAGUCCAUAUGCCUGUAUGGAGUUUCGGUUCAGUACUCAAAUGGCUUCACAUUCUGCAUUGUUGGAAAGAGUGCCGUCAGUGUAAGGCUGUUCAGGAUCAGCCAGGAGGGCCUGGCCAUUGGCGGGCCCGCGCCUGGCAAGGCGACCGCCACCAGCAACUUCAUGACGCAGUUUCAGAAGAAGGUCUUGGACAAGAUCCUGCGACCGUCGACUAUCACUGCAGACCACGGUGCUGUGGCAGCCGCAGUGGGAGCUGAGGCAGUGGAUACUGCGGCUAACGACGGUGAUGGUGCAGCAGCGAGAGCAGCCGCUGGGGACCACGAACAGGCGGUGGGUGGCGGAGAGGCUGCUGCCAUGGGCACGCAUGCCGUGGAUGGUGGCAUGGGUGGCGGCCGCACAGCAGGCGUCGCAGCAGCAGCAACCGCAGGGGGGGACACCGGCACGGGUCCCAGGCAGGGCGAGGCGGGCGUUGCCCAGGACGAGGAUACCACCAACUACGAUGCGUUCAAGGAGUGGGUCGGCGAGGUGCCAAGAGCGGCUAAGGGCGCAGCUGGCAAGUGCAGGCGGGGUGGCGGUGAUGACGACGACCUGGGUGUGAGGUCGGGGUGCAAGGUUGGAAAUAAACAGCAGAAGGGGAACAAGGGUGCAGGCCGGGGCAGGGGUGCAAGCAAGGGGACCACCAGAGGGCGUGGACACAGCAGCGGCAAGAGAACUGGGCGCGGGACAGGGCGCGUGGACAGCAACACAGGCGGUGGAGCCGAGGAGGCAUUGGUGUAUGGAGAGAACGAUGCAAUUCAGGACGAGGAUACCACCAACUACGAUGCGUUCAAGGAGUGGGUCGGCGAGGUGCCAAGAGCGGCUAAGGGCGCAGCUGGCAAGUGCAGGCGGGGUGGCGGUGAUGACGACGACCUGGGUGUGAGGUCGGGGUGCAAGGUUGGAAAUAAACAGCAGAAGGGGAACAAGGGUGCAGGCCGGGGCAGGGGUGCAAGCAAGGGGACCACCAGAG